AUGCGCCUGCUGCUGCUGCUCCUGGCGGUCGCCGUCGUCGCCGCGUCGACUGUGCCGUGGUCGCCAUCCGUGUGCGGCGGAAGCUUGCUCACGGACAGCGCCGAGCCCGGCUGCAGCGUGAACCAGUGCCACUGCAUGGCCUACGUGGCCCAGUGCGACGACUCGUACCAAUGCAUGCCUGGCAUAACGUCGCUCUGCUUGGGCCGUUGCCGCCUCUCGCUGCUUGGACAGCUCCUCAACAUCGCGGGCACGUGCCUCAUCUUUGGCUGCCCCGUCCUCGUCUUUAUUUAUCAUGUCCAGUCGUUCAAGUCGGCCAACGAGACGCUCGACACGGACCACCACGACGUCGACGACGCCGACAACCAACUCGUGGACCAGAUCCAGCACGAGCACCUCCUCGAGCGCGUCCUUUUGCACACGACGCACGCGCACGACCUCCUCGAGAACGUCCGCAACGCCGGUGCGCAUGUGUACAACGCCGGCGGCAGCGCAGUCGCGGCCCUCAUCCGCGCCCAAGCCCAAAUGGGCCUCUUCACCGUGCCCCCGCAAACGGCCGCCGAGACGGAUGUCGACUAUGCGACGGGCGACGAACCGAGCCCUGCUCGUCGGUCGUCCAUCGGGCUUUCGCCUGGUACGCCGCUGCCGCCGCGAGGCAAAGUCGCCAACUCGAUCGAGAGCUACAUUGACGUGACGCAGCUGACGCUGCAAGCACGAACCCACCGCGCAGUCGUCAUCAAUGUCCAUCCGCAGAUCUACCUCGAAACGAUGCCCAAGCACGUUCUCCGGCUCUUGCUCUGCCUCGCGGGUCUCUUGGUCUUGAUCAACAUCAUUAUCGUGCUCGCACAGGCGCAUUUCAUCCCGUUUAGCGUCCAGCUCGCGCGAAACGAUACCAACAACAGUGCGCUCUGCUCGUCGCUCGACAAGACGCCAUGUCCGGACGCCACGUGGCAGUCGCCCACCGUCGGGUCGCACGUCAUUGAAGUCUACCACCCGUCACUGCCCAAGACACCGGACGUAUUCCGGCUCAGCGUGCGGCUCGCCAACGCGACCGCACGACGCCUCGGUGCCGGCGUCCACCGUCUCGGGCGCUACACGUUGAGCGUCACGGCCACCGACGACCUUGUCACCGACUACAGCAACGAGCUUCUCACGACCUGCGACGCCGAGCACUGCGCCGACAUUCCAUUGGUGGGCGUUUUCAUGAAAAAGUACGGCGCGUCUCUCUUUGAUGCGCGGCGACAACGCUACCGCAUCUCGCUCUCGAUCGCCGAGACGGCGCUCCUCGGGUCGUUCGAGCUGCAUUUAGAGGCCAUGCUCAAUGGCUACGAGACCGCUGGCCUCGCGACGAAAGCGAUCCUGGGCUUUGGCACGCUCGGGCUGCUCGGGCACUAUCUCUACUGCCUUCGGCGCCACCACAACCGCAUGCACCCUUCGGGUGCGCAACUAUCGCUCGGGCACUGGCUCGUCAUGCAUUUGAGCUUGGAACGCAAGCUGUUUGCACUCAUCUUGGUCGCCCUCGGUGUCCAGACCAACCCGAUCUCGGUGCUGGCGACGCUGCCGUGGCUCGGCGCCGUCCCCAACAUGUACAUUGUCUUUCGCAGCGUCUGGGAGACGGUCGUGUACACGCUAGCGCUUGGCGCGCUCCUCACUAUCAUCGACAGCUACCGCAAGACGAACCCCCGGUCCUUUAGAAACGGCGCAGCGAUCGCGUUCCUCGGCGCGCGCUUCAUCAUCGUCAAGAGCGUCCUCGUGCUGCUCGUGCUCGGCGCGCGGCUCGCGCUCGUCAUCCUCACGUCGGCGCAUUUUGGCGCGACGACCAACAUCGAUCUCGUCGUCGCGACUGCUGACACGGGCUUGUGCGUCUUUGGCGUCGCGCUGCUCGUCAGCGUCUGCUUCAACGUCUCGGCGCACCUCCAGAAGAAGCGGUACUCGGAGACGCGGUACCAGUCGCUCGCGUUCCGCUUCAUGUCGAUGAUCGCGUACGCACUGCUCGCGCUCUUGCUCAUCAACGUCGUCUUCUUCAGCGCGUAUGCCGUCGUCUCGGCGUACAAGCCGACGUUCGUGCGCCAGACAAGCGUCAUGACCGAGUGCACGUUCACAGGUCUCAUGUACAUUGCCGUCGUGGCAUUCUACCCGCCGACGCGCUAUGCGUCGACGACGGGCGACGUCCCGCGCGGCUACGUCAUCCGCGAGAAGCGGCAGUUUAUCCAUACGCCCCAGGAGCUGUCACCGACGACGCCGACACCGACGACACCGACGACGGCGACGUCGUCGGCCAGCAUGUUCACCAAGAGCGGCAAAGGCAGCAGCGGGCGAGGGCUUCCCCGCGCGGACGCCUUCCGCUGCAAACCGCUCUCGACGCCGCACCACAUUUUCUGUCUCGAGACAGCAUGUCGGCUCUUUAACGCGUCGCGCCUCGCGUACUACAAGUCGACGCUGAGCUUGCGGGACGAAGCGGGUGACGAGAAUCCGCUCGAGCAUUUGCAUCCGUCCGCGUACUGCAACCAAGAGGCGUUGGCCCGCGACGGCAUGCACGAGGUCGCGUACCUGCAUGAUGUUGGCAGCGACACGCACUGCUUGGUGCUGCAAGGCGACGCCAAAAUCGUGUUUGCCUUCCGGGGCACCGCGUCCAAGACCAACGUCAAGACCGACCUCGAGAUCGCACUUGACCCGCACCCGUGGCCUGGCGACGACGGCGCCAAGCCGGGGUACGUACACCGGGGAUUUGUCCACGCGUACAACUCGAUCCGCGACCGCGUGCAUGCGACGCUGCGGUCGCUCUGCAGCGAGUAUCGCCUCCAGGGCCUCGCGCCCGAGCACCACGUCCAAGUGUAUACGACCGGCCAUUCGCUCGGUGGUGCCCUCGCGACGAUCGCGGCCCUCGACUUGCGCACGCAUUUCCACGCGCGCGUCAUCAUGUACAACUACGGAUCGCCGCGCGUCGGGUGCCACCGCUUUGCACAAUCGUUCAACCGUGCGGUGCCACUGGCGUUCCGCGUCGUGAACGAAGGCGAUAUCAUCUGCGGGCUGCCGCAGAGUCUCCAGCCCGAGUGCUGGAGCCGCCGCAAAAAGCUCUACAAGCACGUCGGCACCGAAGUCGUGCUCGACGGCCGCAUGAACGGCGACUUUCUCAUUCGGCCGACGUUUGCCGAGAAGAACCUCAUUGUCGACGUGCGGCGCAAACCUGCGCGCCAUAUGCUCAAGAACUACAAGCGCAACUUUGACGUGAUCCUGGCGAGCGUCCUCCGCGACGAGGCGACGGGCGAUGUGCAUCUGCAGUCGGCUCUUGAAAAAGCACUCUACGGGGCCUUUGGCAGCGGCAACGUGGACGAAGACAUCACGAUCGAUGUGGGCGAUCGCGCCUGGUUUGCGACGAGUCCGCGAAGUACUCAUACAAGCUUCACCCGCGCGCCCAUGGCCUAAGAAAUGGACGGAAUCAAUAUAGUACCAAACCUCCUGUGCGAGACGCAUGGUGGCUUGAAUCGACCUGG